CCCAGAGCAUACACGAAACCUUACUAUUUGUAGCCCAGGAAAGGUUUUCAAACAGUGCCCACCUGAUCGUCUAGUCUGUAGUUACUGCUAGUGAGUUUUGAUAUGGUUGUACGAAAUCUAAUUGAAGAUAAUUUUUUUGAUUGGGUCUUUCAUUUCGAAAUUCUUCAGGUGAAUCGAUCACCCAGUUUCGGCACGGACACCAAACUUGACAGUGAAAUUAAAGGAGGAGUGUUAACUGAUGCACUGAAUUUGCUCAAUAUCAGGGUCAGUGACAAACGUCGUGGCAUGGCGGCUGAAAAGGCAGAAGCACAGAAAAGACUCCUAACGCAGCCAAAGAGGAAUGAGUACUCCAUGUCGGAACUGGAAAAGAAGAAGAUGAUAUUAAACAAACGUCGAACGGAACUCAAAGAGAGGCUGAAUCAAUUAAGGAGAGAGGCGGCGCGAGAAGAAUUUGAAAACAUGAAUAUGGGAAACUUCCGAAGGAUUUUUCCUCCUGAAGACAAAACAAGACGAGAAAAGUAUAACGGGCUUUUAGCAGACGCCUUCAAGCUUUUCUUGUCAGGGAGAGCUGCAUCACUUCAAAAGGACGGCAACCAACCAUUCAGUACCCUCAGGGAAGAAGAAAUCCUCGAUUUACUAGAGCAAUGUGAAUGUGACGAAAACGUAACAUUGGACAAAUCUGGCAACCGCCCGAUGAGUAAAGGACCAAAGCCUUUGUCAUCCAUGCCGAGUGCUAAAUCCACCGCCAACAAAGAAGACACGUCAACUUUGUCCUCCACAGUUUCCUCAAACCCAGAUCAGACCUCGACACCGUCCCACUCGUCAUCUUUCAGACCCGUUUCUGCCCACAAGGCGCCAAACUCUGCCAAUAAUGGCCUGAUAUUAACACGCUCCUCCACGCAUAGAAUCGUGACGUCAUCUUCAUCUCCACCAAUGAAAUUUAACCCUGUGGUGGAUGCUGCCUUCUUGGAUGCCGCUGUCCGGGAGAGAGAAGAAGAAUUAUGCCGGCGAACACUGCAAGCUUUGCUUGACAUGAGAAUUAAAUUUCCAGGGAAAACAGACGAGGAAGCAGAAGUUAUUUUAGAAAGCAUCCAGGAUAACUGGAAAUUUCACAAGCCGAGAGUGGCCUCGUAUUGGUUGGUUAAGCUUGACUCGAUAAAGCGGAGAAAGGUUGUGGACAUUGUUCGAACAAAUGUUCGCGCCAUUUUACAACGCGUUUGGCGAGCAUCUGAAGUUGAUAACUUGCGACUUUACCGCGUUUUCUCGAGAGUAUUUAACAGAUUGUUAUGGAGUCAUGGACAGGGAUUGUGGAACUGCUUUUCAAACUUGGGAAAUUCGUGGGAGACAAUAUUCAGCAAGAGUACAGAGGUGCUAUCUUCGACUGAGAUGAACUGCUGGCGUCGGAUUGUCCAGCUUUGUCGAGACUGCUUGCUCAUUGUGUAUCAGUUUGCCGCUGAUGGUAAAGCUGCAGGCGCUGCUUCAAAUGUCUCUCAAGGGACGACACUUCAAGAUUCUGACAAGAGGCAUGCGAACAUAAUACGUAGAACACCAGACCUGACGUCACAACAAGCUUUGACAGCAAGAAUGGCUAAGCAUUACAGAACCUCUCAGCUGGCACAGGAGCAGUUAUAGGUAGGGGCCGAGUAAUGAUGGUCACUCUUGGCCCCAGAGGUCCACGACUUCACACAAACAGAUUUGAAGCAAGGGGACGGUUGAUACUUCGUUUGAGCAACCUACAUGUUAGAUAUGUAGAUAUGUCAACAUCAUGUACAAACUUAGAAAAGCCCUUUUUGGGUAACGCAGAUGGAAGCACGGGGAUUUUCUGAAUGGCGCAGGUCUCGCAACGAAACUCUUUCACACGUUACUGGGAAGCGAACGUAUCGGUGAUCUUAAUUAAGUAUUUAUACAAUUGUCUAGUGUUAUUAAUGGGAAUGCUCCUAAAUUAGACAUGAAGAGUAAUUUUCCUAAAGUUUCGUUGUACCGUUGAAGAGACUCUGCUGACUUUCACCCUUAAACUCUCACAAUCUCAUUGGUAAUUAUCCCGUCUAGCUGCUGCUUAUUGUAAAUUCUCUAAGACAGUUUGGUGUCUAAGCAAGGUAACACCCUCCAGCUAACAAGGAUUUCGCUUUUCAUCACCUGUUAGCUAGAUCGUUUCUUUCUACUGUGAGGAGAAGUUACUUGUGAAUAGUUUAAGAUUAAUGCGUUAUGCAACUGCGCGAUUGAGAAAGAGUAGCAUCAUAGGAAAAUCUAUCCUCAGCCAAAACAUAUUUUUUUCUUUCUUUCAAAUUCGUCAAGUAUUUCAACGCCAAAAGGCAAAUAAUCAUGUAAAUUCUCUUGCGCUUGUUGUAUUUUUUUGUUUUAUUUCUAGUGCAAUAACAUUUCCUUUCAUGGUGAAGGGUUAUAGUAUUAUGAACAAAUGAGGAACUGAGACUAUUUGAAAAACUUACUAAUAGUUAACCCAUGCUUAACUAUUAGUACAAAUAGUUAAGCAUGGUUAUGCUAGACCUCUUCAUGGCGUCUUGUCUCCAAGUCGCUGGCGUGAAACAUGCUUACAAUGUACGUCUCUCGAUCGAUGUCACGACGUUGAUAUGAUACUUUCCCAUAGGACGCACCAAGUUGUUUCAGUUUUCAGUUAAGACUGUCGAAUUUUCGUUUAGAGUCGAGGUGUCUGUCUUCUUCCUUUUCUAAUUAUUUAUAUAUUUAUUUUUGUUUUCAUCGUCUAAUAAUUAUUUAUCUUGAAUUUUUAAACCCAUGAUAUAAAUAGUUGAAGAUAUACUAUAAAGAUAUAAAGGUGAUUAUAUAUUAAAUGAAAGGUAUAGUAAAUUUACUGUCCAACUAAAGAUGUAAUAUAAUGACACAUUGUUGUAAAUAUUUAUUGCCUUAAAU